AAAGCCACCCGGAAGUGGCUUCCAGCCUGUUGGUCUGUUGUUCAGUAUCAGAUGCACAGCUAGAAAUGGACCCCACGCCGUACUCUAAUUUAAACCCACGCUGAAGUCGCGUCUGUGUUGCGUGGUGGAGGCCUACAAAUGUCUUGAACAUGGCAAAUGUGGCUCGGACGGCAGCUUUACUUUUAUACCUGUUUAGUGUUUUCAUGCAGUUCAGCCGCCUGACAGGUCUCGGGGUUAAUGAACUGCUGUAUUUCCGGGUCAUCAGUCCCGAGGAAAUAGGGUACAUCUUCAGUGCAGCUCCUGCUAAAGAUUUUGGAGGAGUUUUCACUUCAUCUUAUGACGAGAUCUUUCUUGUCCCCGCGGACCCUGCUGAUGGCUGCUCGGACAUGAAACACACAGAAAACAUUCAGGGACAAGUAAUCCUGGUGGAGAGGGGAGGUUGCUCCUUCGUACAAAAGGCUCGGCACGUGGAGGAAGCGGGAGGGAAGGCUGUUCUGAUCGCUGAUAACGCUGAGGACAAUGACAGUCAGUACCUUGAUAUGGUCACCGAUGGAAGCACUGCCAAACCGAGCAUACCUGCUCUGUUCUUGCUGGGCCGCGAUGGGAUGAUGAUCAGGCGAUCUCUUCAGAGACAAUCACUGCCCUGGGCCGUCAUUUCAAUUCCUGUCAAUGUCUCAGCUCUGGCAUCAUUCCCAUUCAAGCAGCCCCCAUGGACGCUUUGGUAGAAAUUACUCACCCACCUCUUCACCCACUUCUCGCGCAGUAAAUAAUCUCUCAUCAGUGCUUACGUUGUCAACAGUAAUAAUACAUCCUCUCAAAGGAAAUUUGUGGUCAUAGUCAACCAAAUUCACGCACUCCGGGUGACUAGUCAAUAAACCUCACACAUAUACACAUGAUAAGAUCACCCUCUCGGUCAAGUAAGUGGAAAAUUUUGAUGGGUACAACACAAAUAGAGUCUUCUGUCUGGUCAAAUUGUAGAAUUUCCUGUUUAUCUGCUUUAACCUUUAACUGUGGGCGGCUCCCUGAUGAGAAAUGGACAUUCAUUCUCUUAAUAAAUGGAAAAUGAAACUUUUGCAUAAACAAA